AUGGCCGCCAACGAGGCAGAACCACAGCGCCUCCUCUCGGUCCAGUCGCACGUCGCGAGCGGCUACGUGGGCAAUCGCUCCGCCACAUUUCCCCUCCAACUGCUAGGCUGGGACGUCGAUGUAAUCAACACGGUCCAAUUCUCCAACCACACAGGGUACGGCCGAUUCCGCGGCUCACGCUUCGAUGAGGCGCAUAUUCGUUCCCUCUUUUCCGGCUUGGAGGAGAACGGGCUGCUCAAACAGUCCCGCCUCUUAUCGGGGUAUAUGCCAUCCCCUGGAGUAGUCCACGCACUGCGCGAUGCGGUGGAACGAAUUCGCGGGGUGAACCCGGGAUUGGUCUAUUUGUGCGACCCGGUCAUGGGGGAUAUGGGGAGGGGCAUGUACGUCGAUCCUAAUGUGCUGCCGGCUUAUAGGGCUGUGUUGCCCUUGGCGAGCAUUGUGACUCCCAAUCAGUUUGAGGCACAGGUACUCGCCGAGAGAGAGAUUAGGGACUUGCCCUCCCUCCUCGAAGUGCUGGCGCGCAUACACGAUCAGGGCGUGGAGCACGUCAUUAUCACGUCGGUUGAGCUGCCCAAGGAGGACUUGGAGAGGAUGGGAGUGGCGAGGAGGGCUAGGCUCAUGGAUGGGGAGACGGAGGUGGGGAGUAUGGUCUGCGUGGGGUCCAGUCGCCCUACGAGGGCAAGUGCGGAGGACACGCCGCUCCGCCCGUGGUUCAUCGAGUUCCCCGAGAUACCCGGCUACUUCUCUGGCGUUGGGGACCUAUUCGCCGCACUCACUUUGGGACGAUAUGAUGAGGCUCAAGCGGGAGAGGUGACGCCUAUUGCGCGGGCGGCCGAGUUGGCUAUUGCGUCAGUUCAGGGGGUGCUGGCUAGGACCACCGCGGCC